GAACUGGUAUAAAAGAAUCAGACUAAAAUUUUAACAGUCACUUUUUAAAUUUUACUUCCUAAUAACAUGGAGGACAAGGUUCUGUUUUGGAUAUUGGAAUUUGUUUUGGUCAUUACUGCAUCGUGCAGUUCGAUAGCAAACCAGGAACAAAAACCGAGAGGAAAAAGAGAGCUAGAUGGAUACGAUUAUCAAGCUCCGGCUCCUGGUUUACCACGUUUGACCUACAAUGCACCAAGUUUCAGCUCUGCUUUGCCUCCUCCACAAUUUCCUUUUCCCUCUCUUCCUCAAGGAUUCGGACCUGGACCUCAAUUAUUCAAACCUGUCACCAGAUAUACCAGAGUGUAUCCUUCUUCAAGUCCACUAGGCCCGUUGUCACUGAGCUUAAGAUCUAGCGGGGGAUUAGGAUUAGGAUUUGCACAAAUUGGUUUUGGACAAGGACUGGGACAAGGAAAUUUGGGAUUAAGUUUUGGACAAGCAAACUUUGCAGCGCCACCAUCAGUUUAUGGUGCACCACUUUCUCGUCCGCUUCUUCCAGGCCCUUCCUUGCCGUUAUUUCAACCUUUCACCCAAUACGGUGCUCCAAGUUUCCCGGCUAGUCUACCUUUGCCUGAACAUCGCUGAGUAGCACAGCUAAAGUACCGUCCAAGGAAUUUGAGGUACCUUCUGCAUAUUCAUCAUCAACAUCAUCUUCAAUAAAGGGACCGUCGGAUUUAAUUGGGAAGAAAAUCUCAGUUUCCUUUCCGUACAGUAGCUAUUUACCUAGUAAGUCCAUCAAUGUACAAAAGGGUUUCUUCGCCAAACUAUAUUCACGACUGUUCGGAUAAAAAGAUCAUUCUAUAAAAACUAAUUUAUUCUUUACACUCUUUUCUAUAUAUGCUUGUAUUUUUUAAUAAAAAUUAUUUCUGUAUA